AUGUGCUUCCCAGAGAUUGAGGACCGAGCUGAUGCGCCACUGAUUGCAGAGACACCUGCUAUGUCAGUGGCGCAAGCCAUCGCGGCCACCCGCGGCCGGCUCUCGGACGUGGCCUCGGUGACGGCCUGGGCCCGUGAGAUGCCGGCGGCCGCUGCAGCUCUCCGAGACCAACACCUAGUGUUCUUCAACGGAGCCUUCUCUCCUCCGACGUGUGCCCAUGCGCACAUCGCAGAGACCAUCUGCAAAGAUCCCAAGGGCCCAUCUCUUUGGUUGGAUCCAGAGCCGGCCAAGCCGGGAAAGGAGAGAUUCCAGAACGAGACCAUGGAGGCACGAAUCGAGAUGUGUGAGCUAGUCACACAGGAGCCGCCCCUUCGCGGUCGAGCAGGCGUUGGCUGCCUCAGACGAGACCUGGGCCCCAAGCUCGGGACUUCGGUAGAACUCUUUCGAGUGCUGAGGGAGCUGCUGGGCGGCCCCGGCCGUGGCAAACUCACUUGGGCUCUAGGCGCAGACGUUUUUGAGGGCAUGAAGCACUGGGCCAGUAAAGCCCGGGCCUGCCUUCAGCCUGGAGAGACCUGUGAUGAGCUCCUGCUCUUCACUCGAGAGGACUGGUCGCACGAACGUCUCGCAGCUGGCAUGCAGGUUAUCGGCGAUGCACCGUGUCAUGUCUCGGUCAUCCCUAUGCCGGAUCACCUGCUGUCUGUGUCCAGCCAGCAGGCCCGUGCCGCUCUGGUCCGUGAUAGAGCCGGAGAGAAGUCUGGAGAGCUGAGCGUGAUACCACCCCGCGUCGCUGAGUUUUGCUUGUCCAGAGAGGACGUGUGCAGGAUCUACGCACAGCAGGUCACGCACUGA